UGUUGAGGUGCAGGUGGCUGUCGACGCAUACUGUCCAGGAGGCGGCUGAACCUGGAGCCGCGCAGGAGGCCGCUAGAUCCGGAGGCGGAACGCCGUACGUGGGCUACCACUUUCCCUGCAGGCCCUUGGGCUCGCCUUCCUACCUGCCGCUGAGUGAACAGGGCGGACAUGGGUGCCCGCGCCGGGUCCUCACUCCAGCCCCUGCUCCUACUGCUGCUGCUGGGGAGGCUGGAACCGCCCGGGGCGCAGGCGGCGUGGAGUCGAAGCCCAGAACGGCAAAACGCCUUCCGCCAGGCCGCCAGCAGUAUCUACCAGAGCAUCUGCAACCUGUGCGGAGAGGACAACGUGCGCGCCCUGCAGAAGUUUUUCUCCAGGUCAACUGAGGGAUUUGUAAACAGCGUGGAUGUAUUAGUAGAGACUCUUUGGAGCCUGUGGACUGACCUGCUGGAAGUUCUUGGAAUUGAUGCCUCGAACCUGACCCAUUAUUUUCGGCCUGAAGCUGUGGCCAGCAAUCCCAGCCGAGCUCUGCUGUUGAUUGUUGCGGAACUCUUGGCCUACUGGUUCCUGUCUCUCUUCCUGGGAUUUCUCUUCCAUCUUUUGCACAUGCUAUUUGGUCGCUUCUUCUGGGUUGUAAGGGUCACCCUGUUUGUCCUCUCCUGCGUGUAUAUCCUGCAGAAGUAUGAAGGGGAGCCCGAGUAGGUUGUCCUGCCCCUCUGCUUAGUGGUCCUGAUUUACUUUACAAUGGACCCAUUGAUUGAGACAGCAAUGAACAAAUGAACCAAGCCAGGUUAAUCAUCUUUCACCAGCUCUUGGACAUCAAAAAGCACUAUCUUUUAUACUAUAAGUUACAAAGCAACCACACAACACAGUGUGAGGUUAUUGGACCACAUUACAACUUUAGGCUGAGAAGAAUUUUAAGAGCACUCAUGUAGAACACGGAGACACCCACUCAACGAACCAUUAGUUGUUAAAAAUACGUAUUUUUAAAAAAAUUAUAAAAUCCACAUUAGCUGUAUCCUAAAAGAUUUAUCCAUGCAUAGAACAUACAAUUACUUUUUUCAAGUUUUUAAAGAUAUAUUUUGUAAGGUUUUUAUAAAGGCAGUUUGAGUCAAGUCUAUUAAACUUUUAAGUGAGGCAAAGAUUAUGCACAUUGGCAUUUUAGAGAAGAUUAAUCUCAAGCAUUUGUUUUCCCAGUUCUGAAAAUCCAUUGUGGGUUCCACACAUACAAUGUUUCCAUUUUCAUAAGUUGUGAGCUUUGGGGGAAGAGGAGGAUACAGUUGGGGUUAUUUGAUGUCAUUUGGUGUAUGAAUAAAUAGGAAACUUUGAGUUCAGGCCAACAGAUGCAAUUAUUAUUAAUGGUCACUGCCCUGUUCAAAUUUACUUUAAAGAAAUUUUUUUAAUUUUAAUUUUAUUUUUUUUCAAGCCUACUUUUAAAUGAAGAGUUCAUUUCUUAAAAGCAGACCUGGGAUUGUUUCUGUAUUUUGUCAUACUUGAAACUGGGGAUUUUCCUCCAAAGAAAGUAAAAAUCCAAGGAUCAGGCAGAGAAACAUUUGGGACUUUUGAGUCUGAAGUUAUGAUAGCAAGAUGGUAUUUGCAUGGAUACUUUGAACAGGCAGGUCUUGGUUUGAUAGCCCUUUUGGUUGAUUCAGGACUCACAUAGGACUUAUGGAAGACAAAAACAAAACAAAACAAAACAAAAUAGCAGCUAAGUCAACUUGCAAAUUUAUUGUUCUGACAUUCUUUCCGGACAACUAAGCAGCAAUAAGCACUCUUCAGGUUUUAUUCUUAAUACGUUAAUGGUAGAGUCUUUAGGUGCUUUUUGCCUGAAGUCUGUGGUAUCUUCAUUUUUGGUGAUCCUUGGAGAAGAUAGUAAUAUACCAUGGAGAUUGGUAUCACAGGGACAGGAGGAUUUGAGGGUGCUCUGUUUGGGAGAGGAGACAUAAAAAUGUUUUUGUUUUCCAGUUAGCUCCCAGGAUUAUGAAUCCUAUCAUCUUGAGUGAAAUCUGCUGGAAUGAAAUCCAGUACCUCAGGGAAGUCUGCACAAAAGUAUCCCCAUAUCUUGGAGGGUGGGUCAUGGAUAUUUCCAUGGGUGCCUAACGAGGCUGCCUCUUUUCUACCGAUUUCUUCCUGACCCGUUUCCCUAAAAAAACACUUAGAGAAAAUUUGAGAGGAUGUAAGGGGAGUUUGUAGAAGGAGCCUGGCCUGUCCAAUUUGGGGAGGUCUUGCUUUGUAGGGCCUAGAAUUUAACAACCAUAUGUGAUUUUUUUUUUCCCUUUGCAAGCAUUUUGGAAAGAUAUAUAUUUUUUAAACCCUUCCCUUCCCUCUUGGAAUCAAUACUGUGUAUCAGUUCCA